AUGGAGGACCUGAUCAUGACUUAUGAAGACGAGGAUGGGAGUGUUCAAUUGCUACCUGGGUACAUGUUUGAUCCUACUGAUGAGAUUCGUGUGGAUUUUUACUUGAAGAGGAGGGUGGAAAUUUACAAUAAGAUGGUGUUUUGGAUUUCAUUUGUGUUUGCAGAUGGGAAGAUUUUCAAUGAACGCAAGUGCUUCUUCUACAACACUAUGGGACGUGAUCUUGAGAACAUUGACAUAAGAGUUGCUGGGAGUGGCCAGUGGAGAGUAAUGAAAAAAGGAGAAGAUGUGUCUAUCCCUCAAAACAAUCAAGUGAUUGGGAGGAGGAACACCCUGAAUUUUUGGGAAAUGCAAGGAGCAUGUGCUAGGAGGACCAGAUGGGAGAUGCAUGAGUUGUGUCUUACGUCAAUUGCUAACCAAUCUAAGCUGGCAAACUGGGCUAUUUACUGCAUCUUUAAAAAUAAGGAUGCAAAGAAGGCGAAUAAUGCACGAGGUUGUAAUGGCGAAAGCUCUAAUACUAGUAGCGUUGAAGUCAUUGAUUUUAAUGUUGAGAGUGACAAUGGAAAGAUUUUCAAUGAACGCAAGUGCUUCUUCUACAAUACCAUGAGUCGUGAUCUUAAAAACACUGACAUGAGAGUUGCAGGGAGUGGCCAGUGGAGAGUUAUGGAAAAAGAUAAAUAUAUUCCUAUCCUCCGAAAUGAUCAGAUGACAAAUUGGGCUGUUUACCGCAUCUUGAAGAAUAAGGAUGAAAAGAAGGUGAAAGAUGCAAGAGGGUGUAAUGAGGAAAGCUCCAAUGCUGGGAGUACUGAAGUCAUUGAUUUCAAUGUUGAGAGUGACAUUUUCUCAGAAACCUUCCCCAAUGGCCCGCUCCUUAAGUGA